AUGGGCCAAGAGGAGGCAGUUGCUGAUCCCAUAGUUGUUACGGGUACGUUCCUCCUUGACAACUCUUAUGCAUGCAUUCUUUUUGAUUCUGGUGCGGAGAGGAGCUUUGUUAGUCAUGCAUUCAAACAUCUACUUAAAUGUAAAUCCCAACCUUUAAUCGAAACAUUUACCGUCGAGAUGGCUAACGGAAAGAAAGAAAUCACAAACAACAUAUUCAUAGGUUGUACCCUUACCCUAAACGAUCAUUCCUUCCCCAUCAAUCUUAUGCCAGUCUCUAUAAAAAGCUUUGAUGUUAUCAUUGGUAUGGAUUGGUUGAGCCCCAACCGUGCUGAUAUUCUUUUGUUACGAAAAAGUCAUCCGUCUCAAUCUACCCUCGGGCGAAACUCUCAUAGUUUACGGUGA